AUGUUUUCUGCUAUAAAAAGACUCGGACCAAAACUUGUUAUGAUUGGUGAAAUGGUUCAUGAUCUGAAAUUUUUUAUGUUAAUGUUAACUGUAUUUAUAUUCGCAUUUGGUGUUCCUGCUUAUAGUUUAAUCUAUGGUGUAGAAGAAUUUUCUUGGCAUUUACCACGCAGUAUAUUAAAUAUUGCUUAUUGGCAAAUAUUUGGUGAAUUGGAAAUAUUGGACGAAAUAGAGAGUAACGAAGAUUAA